GCGCCCUUUUUCCACCUCUCCCCCCCCCUCAUUUCUCUCUUUCACACUCACAUACACACCGUUUACGCAUCUCCCGGUCUUGCCCCCACAUCCCGUCCUCCUCCCUCUCCCUCCCCGUCCUCCCCUUAGCCCCUCCUUGCCCUCCCCCCCCCCACUCCUGCUCCCAAUCACACUCCCGCCCGAUACUGGAGCCCGGCGUCAUUUCAGCUUCAGCCGAUCAGCAGACAUGGCGACGACGCUGACAGCGGUCCAGCCGCUCACUCUGGACCGAGAUAUUGCCAGAGCAAUUGAACUACUAGAGAAACUUCAAGAAUCGGGAGAAUUACCAGGACACAAGCUACAGUCACUUAAAAAAGUACUGCAGAGUGAGUUUUGUACAGCUAUCAAAGAGGUAUAUCAAUACAUGCAUGAAACCAUAAAUGUUAGUGGCUGCCCCGAAUUCCGUGCCAGGGCUACCGCCAAGGCAACAGUUGCUGCAUUUGCAGCUAGUGAAGGGCAUUCUCAUCCCCGAGUGGUAGAACUGCCAAAGACGGAUGAAGGCCUUGGCUUUAACGUAAUGGGAGGAAAAGAACAAAAUUCUCCUAUUUAUAUUUCUCGCAUAAUUCCUGGAGGAGUAGCUGAGAAGCAUGGAGGACUCAAACGGGGAGACCAGCUGCUUUCUGUUAAUGGAGUGAGUGUGGAAGGAGAACAUCAUGAGAAAGCAGUGGAACUUCUGAAGGCUGCUAAGGACAGUGUGAAGCUGGUGGUGCGUUACACUCCCAAAGUUUUAGAUGAGAUGGAAGCUCGCUUUGAAAAACUGAGGACAGCACGGCGUAGGCAACAGCAACAGUUGUUAAUUCAGCAGCAACAGCAGCAGCAGCAAAAUGCACAGCAGAAUCAUAUGUCAUAGAUGGCUAUCAAGAAAGACUUUCUAAACCAAGAAUGUAACAACUUAAUAGCAAAGCUGUGCUUUGUAUUCCAACUUUACAAUAAAGAGCAAGAGCAACUGUGUUCACCAGCAAACUGUGCAAAAUUACAAUAAGAACAGUUUGGGAAGUCAGCAGCAUAAUCAACUCUUUCUGUGAUUUUUCUCAGAAUUGUACCUAGGAUGAAAGGUUUAUUUGAGUCUUCUUUUGUAUGGUAAGGUACUCAUGAUGACAACUUGUUAACAAAAUUCAAGAAUACACAAUCAUUAUGUAUGUGUGUGUGUGUGGCCCAAUUCUGUAUUCUUUACAAUGAAACUUAAAUGAGAAUUUGCCAGAACAGUGUAAGAUGGGCCCCAUCAAGAAUGAAGACUAUCCUGGGCUUGUAGCCCUUUUGCAGUUGUAAUCUUCCUUUUAAAAUAUAAGUGAUAGACUAUAUAUAUAGCAAAGCCCAUCAGAUUGUACAUUCCCAUGAAAAGCAAGGCAUUAUGGACAAAUAUAUUCCACAUCUGCAUGUUAUUAUCUUGCAUAAUAGUUUCACAAUCAUAUAGCAUUGUUGCAUCCAAAUUAACAUAAUUUUCCAUUUUUCCUUCUGCAUAAUUCUCUUUUUCCUAAAGUUACAAUGUUUUGUUGAUUAGUCAAUUGAGCUGAUGAGGUGUGGGAUGAAAAGGAGAUUAUUAAUUACUUGUAAAGUGAUUACUUAUCAACUCAUGAGUGGUAGGCACUAUCCUAAAGUAGUAAUCCAUCUUCCCCCUUACAUAAGAAUAUGUAAAGGAGAAAUGCCGGUAGUAAGAAGGAAUGAUGACGCUUCUGCUUCAGUGCAAACUAUGUCACAAGUUUAAACUGUCUGAAACAGAUGAGAUUUCUUUUAAAAGCUGUUUAGCUUUAGGCUUUGGACUUUUUUCAUGAAACGUAGUAUUACAUAAAAAUAUGUAGGUCUGAGGUCAGAAUCAUACACAUCAGAUGAGUUAGGAUUGUCUUUAGCCUUCUGACUGGAAAUUCUGGAAAUUUCAGUUAUAAUACACUUGGUGAGCGUUUGAUUGGGGAUAGCUGCUAUACCUUUGAGACAAUCCUACUGAACCCAAGAAGACUUAUUUUUGAAUAAAUACACAUAAUAGGCCAGGCCAGGCCAGGUAAUCACACUUUCCCUUGAGGUAAGAUUUUUUUUGUCACAGAUUUCCUAUAUGCCCAGUACCAGAAAGAGGCUUGAAUAAUAAUCUUUCCAGCUAAUAAAUGGACCAUGGUGGAUUUGAGAUGCAACUCAAAGUGAAGCUAUGUGAUGGCCUAAAUCCACUCUUUAUAAGUGGGUCGUGUUCCUUUGUGAAGUAGCUUCAAAGGGCUGCUUCAAGCUUACGACACUAACAAAGUUAAUCAGUCUUUUCACACUUGGACAACCUCACCCUAUAGUAUUAGAGUGCAAGUCAUAUGCAAAAGUUAUGCAGAUGUAAUCAAUUCAUUAAUCAAGUCAUCAAGUAAAAUGUCUUUGAUUUGCUGGAGUUCUUAUUUGUAUGCCAUUCCAUUUGUAGAUAAAAUUCUUAUUCCUGGAGAAUACCAGGCACAAGUUUAAUUCUAUCUUUUGUGAGCAGUAAAAUUAGAAAACUGUAUUUUUGAACAUAGGCAUUCCUAUUAUAUCUAUUAUAGUUAUAUCCCUGAAUCUAAACUAAGUAUACAGUAUAUUGAUAAGAUAUAUAGAGAGAGAUAUUAUUAUCUAAUAUAUAUGCAUAUGUUGUCAUAAUAUAUUUGUUUCAGAUGUAGGUUCUGUAUAUUGCAAACAUUUUUGAGAUGAUGUUAAAAUAACUAAUGGUAUUUCACAAUUUUAUCUAUUUUUCCAAUAUAUUUAUUUCUGAUGUUGUUAGAUUUAGUAUUAAAACAUAUAGUAGAAACUUCUUUUUGUGUAACAAUGCAGCUUUCCCAAUGUGGUAUGCUUUAGAUGUGUUUGCAUUACAAGUCCCAAAAUUUCUGGCUAAUAUGGCUAUAUUUCCUUUUCUGGAAGGCACCACCUUGUGUGAUUUAGCAUACAGGGCUCUUGUGCAGAUUAUAGCUGGAUAAUUGAUUUAAACAUUAUUAUUAACUAAUUUUAUUGUCAAAGUGAGAAGUUAUGUGCACCAAAGAGGCACAAAUGUUUUUGAUGUAAUGUUAUCUUUAGUUAAGUAGAUUAGUUCAGUAUCUGACUCCAUUCCUACAUAUAAAAUUUGAUCAUUUACUUUAUGCAUACAGUCUCUGACUUACUUGGAUAUGUAGCAAUACAUUUUCAGCAAUGGUAUUAAAUCAUUUGCAUGAAGUCAAUUGAAUUAAAUCAUUUCAAUACUCUGUAUAAAAUGAACAUUGAAAUAGGAUGUGGUCAGCUAUUGCUAUUUUUUUUUCAAAGGAUACAUUAACUCUGUUGCAAUGUUACAAGAAUCCCCCCUCCCCGUUUACCCAGCAGAGCUAAACAAAUGAACUCACAGGAAUUCAAGAUGCCUAAUAAAUAGUGAAGAAAGUUAGGAAACCAUGGGCCAACAAUUCUAGAGAGGGCUACACAGAACAUAGAAGUGACAUUCAAAUACUUUUGCACCUUUUUUUAAUUCUUGCCUUAUGUAAUAGACUCCUGUUUUGUCUGGGGUGGCCAAUUUCUAUGUGCUCUUAUUUUUGUAGGGUUUUGUAGGGACAGAAUUCUUUACUGACUGUGUGAGAACUACUUCUAAUACCAAUAACACGGAGGGCAAUGUGUUUAUUGUUGCCCAGGAACUAAUAACACUAUCAUAUUUGUCAGUUUGUGAGAAUAAAAAGUCCUUCACAUCC